AUGCUCUCACGUGUUGCUGCAGUCAUGGCGCCCCGCACACACAACCGUCGCCGCGUGACCGGAUCCAGCGGAAGGAGGGAAGGAAGAGAGAGUGAGCCGCGGAUGCCCAACAUGUCCCGGCAUGUGUUUACUUCCGCGGUGCUGCUUCUACUUGUUUUGUUGAUGUGCUGUGGUACCGGUUGGGUUGCGGCCGCUGGGGGUAAAACAAGGAAUACCAUUGAUCCUUUUAAAGGGAGGGCGUCGAUAUCAUUUGCCAAUUGGAAGGAGUUUAACGAGGAUGGCGGCAAAAUCACCUCGCUCCGUGUUCCUGGCCUCGUUAAAGUGGGUGAUGAUGUAUUUGCCGUGGCUGAGGCGCAGUGUGGGGAGAAGGAUGGAGCCGGCAGCUGUCCUGGGAUUGUGUCAAAGCACCUGAAUAUAAGUGGCAGCGCAAUGGAUAUUUCUACGUCGGAUUUAAGUUUGUUUCGCAUGCAACUUGUGGACACCGCCGCGAGUAGUUUUGGGACAACAGAAGUGUUGCGGCCAACGACGGUUGUAAUUGGGAACAGUGUCUACAUGCUGGUGGGGAAAUACGGCCAUAAAGAGAAGCAGGUUGAAGGUACGAAUGAGCGGGGUCUUUUACUCGUGAAGGGAACUGUCACGGUGGAUGGUGAAAAGAAGAAACUUGUGUGGAAUGAGACCCAUUUGGUGAACCCUCAAGGCAGAGGAUAUUCUCGUUCCUUGACCGAGUUAGUUGGUGGCGGAGGAUCGGGUGCUGUGUUGCGUGACGGCGCGCUUGUGUUUCCCAUGCAGGCCAAAGACAAGGAUGGAACGAACGUUUUGCUGUCUAUGCGUUUCUCCAAUUCAGGGAACAAAUGGGAGCUUCCAUACGAGACGCCUGGUAACGGCUGCAGGGAUCCAACCCUGGUGAAGUGGAAAGAAAACGAAGACGACGAAAGACUCUUCAUGAUGGCUCAUUGUGCUGGAGGCUACUAUGACGUUUACAUGUCCACUGAGAAUGGGUACAAUUGGUACGGACACUUAAAACAAAUUACCCGCGUGUGGGGUAACACACACAAUCGAACAGGGGACGGCGUCCAGAGUGGAUCCACCACCGCAAUUAUUAAGAGAAAGAAGGUGAUGCUCAUCACCGCGCCGGUGUAUGCGAACGACAAUGGAAAAGGUCGGCUUCAUCUUUGGGUGACGGACAAGGCACGUGUGUAUGAUGUUGGGCCGGUAUCCCGUGAAGAUGAUGACGCCGCCGCCAGCUCGCUGUUGAUGAAAGAGAAGAAUAAGGAGUUGAUUUCACUGUACGAGAACAAGAAGAAAGACGGAGCAUACAAUCUUGUUGCUGUGCGUCUGACCGAGAAACUGGAGCGGAUAAAGGAAGUGGUGAAGAAAUGGAGGGAUUUGGACAGGGCCUUGAAAACAUGCCGUUCCGGUUCCGGUGGCACUGUUGACGCGCUCAGAAAGGAUAUGUGCAAUGGUCGUGUUCCCACCAAAGGGCUUGUUGGCUUCUUGUCCGGUAACUCAACUCAGACCGAGUGGAGAGACGAGUACCUCGGCGUGAAUGCAAAAGUGACGAAUGUGGAGAAAAGGGUUCCCAAUGGAGUGACGUUCAAAGGGUCUGGAGCAGGGGCGGAGUGGCCUGUUGGCGACAUGGGGCAGACUGUGCCGUACUACUUUGCGAACACCGAGUUUACUCUUGUGGCGACGGUGUCUAUCCACGAGGUGCCGAAGGAAGACAGCAGCCCCGUUCCUUUGAUUGGCGUGAGGAUGAAUGACACCAGCAGCACGGUCCUCUUUGGUCUGUCGUACACCCAUGACAAGAAGUGGUUGGCCAUACCGGAGGAUCCUGCUACUUCGAAGAUCGUCGAUGAGUGGGAGCCAAACAAGACAUAUCAGGUGGCACUGCGAAUGGAUGGUGAUGAUGAAUGGACUGUCUUUGUGGAUGGAAAGGGAAUUUGCCACACGAAAUAUAAUGAGAGUCUGUUUGACUCGCACAGGAUUUCACACUUCUACAUCGGUGGGGACAGUAAGGACCGAAGUGCAACGGGCGGCCAUGUGACGGUGACCAACGUCAUGCUGUACAACGAGGAACUGUGGGGAAAUGAACUGCGCAAACUCAAUGCCAGCAAAGUCACUAUUCCAUCACUGAGUGUCGAGAAACAACCCACAGAACAGGCGGCCAGCAAAGACGUCUCGGUUGCUUCCGAGCCAAGGAGUGAAGAAAGCGCCGCCAGCCAUGAGGAAUUGACUGAGGAUGAUACUGAUGAACAAGAGGAAGAAAUUGUCGAUGAUCUGCUGCUUGCAGCAUCCUCUUCCGAGGCUGACGGAACUGAAUUUUCUUCUGAAGACGUCGAGGAGGUGCUACAGACAGUCGACGCCGCACCGGGCAACACAAACACCACGCCUGGAGGCGAAGGGAUCCCCUCAACAAAAGGCGCGGCACGACACUCGGACAACAACACCUUCACCGGGGAAAUUGCGGAGUUGCUGUCCAUGGGUCUGAACCGUGACAGCACCGUGCAUGGGUGUGUGUCUCGGGUGUUGUUGCUGCUUCUGGGGCUGUGGGGCGCUGCGACUCUCUGUUGA